CAGUCCAACUUCCAUUUGUUUACUCUUCCCAUCAAUACUGGAAUAUCUAACACACACGCACACGAACGAUGAAGUCCACUUUCGUCACGUUUUGUUCGCUCCUCGCGACAGUGGGGAAUAUAAAUGUGCUGGCACAGACAGCUCCAGGAUUUCCAAUACAAGUAUCAUCGUCGUCAAGCCCUUUGGGAGUUACGUAUGGAUCAAAUGAGGUCUCUCCUCCUGGCGAAUUGUUACCUAGACCUGACACUCUCAAUCCACCCAACAUCAGUUCGUCUGCGCUGGGGUCGGAUGAACGAGGGGUGCUCCUGAUAGUAGACAGCGACGUGCCCAGGAACGGGACGAGGGUGGAACUUCUGCACUGGCUGGUGUCCAACGUGACGGUGAACAGCCAGAGCAAUUCGAGCGGUGCCCUCCUGAUUCCGGGUCCCGGCGAGGCGCCGUACUGGCAACCGUCCCCUCCGGUGGGCGAUGUACCGCACGCUUACAGCUUCAUACUCUUCUCCCAGCCCGACAACUUCUCGAUCCCGGAGCAGUUCAAUGGCGUGCUGCAGACUAGGGUGUUCUUCAAUGUGUCCAACUUCGUCGCGGCGACUGGUCUGUCGGGCAGGGCGCUCGCGGGCAAUUACAUUCGGGUUCAGAACUUGACGGGAAGUGCGACGACGACAUUCCCGCCGCCCAGGCCUACGAAUGGAACGAAUGGCAACAACAGUACAGGGACUCAGACGCCUGAACCAUUCCCAGGAGGUGGAUCCGUGGUGGUCGUUGGAGGGGGCAUAGGAGGAGGGUUGCUAAUGUGGGCGAUGAUUGUAGGGUCAUUGAUUGCGGGUAUUGCAGCUGUGGGAUUGUGAACAAUCAUUUCGUAUGAAGUAG